AUGCGCAGUGCCUACAGGAGCCUGUCGGCGUACGAUGUCUGUGUCAUAGGCGGAGGACAUGCGGGUUGCGAGGCCGCAGCCGGCGCAGCGCGGGCAGGCGCACGAACGGUGCUCUUAACCCAGAAAUUGGACAACAUCGGCGAGCUCUCGUGCAACCCGUCUUUCGGAGGGGUUGGGAAGGGAACCUUGGUCAGGGAGGUGGAUGCGCUUGAUGGAGUCUGUGCGCGCGUUGCGGACAAGGCUGGCGUUAACUUCCGCAUCCUGAACCGCUCGAAGGGGCCUGCCGCAUGGGGACCCCGAACCCAGCUCGACCGGAAGCUGUACAAGAAACACAUGCAGGAAGCCUUGCAUGGGUACCGCAACCUCGACAUCCGCGCGGCGAGCGUCUUCGACCUUGUCAUCAACCAGUCGCCGGAGGGCCCCUCUGGGAGCUGGGGCAAGAUAGAAGGCGUCAAACUAGACUCCGGGGAGAUCAUCAAGUGCUCGCAAGUCGUUAUAUGCACCGGGACGUUCCUUUCCGGAGAGAUACACAUAGGCUUGAAGCGUUUCCCUGCGGGCCGCAUCAACGAGGCGCCCUCCGUUGGGCUCUCCGGCUCCCUAAGGAGCGCAGGUUUCGAGCUGGGCCGGCUGCAGACUGGCACCCCUGCACGGUUGCUUAAAGACAGCAUUGACUACUCAGAGAUGGAGGUCCAAAAAGGCGACGCCGUCCCACACCCGUUUAGCUUCAUGAACGCUACCGUGGACCAUGCUAACGACCAGAUAGAUUGCUAUCUGACAUGGACCUGCGCUGCGACGCACCAGGUCGUUCGGGAUAACGCGCAUCUCAGUUGCCAUAUCCAGGAGACCAAGAAAGGUCCACGUUAUUGCCCUUCGUUGGAGGCCAAGGUCCUGCGCUUCCCUGAAAAGCAGGGCCAUCGAGUCUGGCUCGAACCAGAGGGGUACGAUUCAGAGCUCGUCUACCCUAGCGGACUUUCGUGUAGUUUGCCAGAGGACGUCCAGGAGGUUCUCUAUCGCACAAUGCCUGGCCUCGAGAACGCCAAGAUUGUGCGGCCUGCGUAUGGCGUUGAGUACGACUACGUUGACCCGAGGGAGCUCAGAUCUACACUGGAGACAAAGCGAAUCAAGGGCCUGUUCCUUGCCGGUCAGAUCAACGGGACCACAGGGUACGAAGAAGCCGCAGCCCAAGGUGUGCUAGCUGGCAUCAACGCAGGACUUGCCGCCGUCAAUCGCGCACCACUCAUCCUGUCCCGCGCCGAUAGUUACAUCGGCGUCAUGGUCGACGACCUCAUCGUCAAGGGCGCAGAAGAGCCCUAUCGCAUGUUCACAUCGAGGUCGGAGUACCGCAUGACGAUCAGGAGUGACAACGCAGAUUUGCGUCUGACCGGAAAGGGUCGCGAGGCAGGCGUCGUCUCGGACGAGCGCUGGCUGCGUUUUGGACAGACCAACGCUGAAGUCGAGCGUGUCACCAAGCUGCUGCAAUCAUUCUCGCUCACCCCGCACAAAUGGCAGGAAUCGGGGAUCAGGGUGAGGCAGGACGGUCAUUGGAGGAGCGCCUCUGACCUGCUCAACUACCCGGGCUUCAACAUCAGAGAGCUUUUCCCGGUAAUCCCAGAACUUGCGUCCGUCGAGCUGCAAGUCCUCGAGCAGAUCAAUAACGAGGCGGCAUAUAGGUCCUUCAUACUAAGACAAGAGGCCGACGUGCGCGCGUUCAUGGAAGACGAGUCGCUGGUGUUCGAUCCUGACCUUGACUAUUCGGCAAUGAAGGGGCUGAGCCUCGAAGUGAAGGAGCGCUUGUGUCGCGUCAAGCCGACAAGCCUCGGUGUUGCCAAGCGUAUGGAGGGAAUGACGCCGGCUGCCCUGGUUUUACUGUUAGGGUACGCGAAGCGUAUCCAAGGCCGGGCGCGCAAUGCAGCUGAGCUGGGUUCUGUGGCAGAGGUAUAA